AUGUCCGUCGAAGACGAGGUGCAAGAGAUGGAGUCGAAGCUCAGUAAGCUCCGGGAAGGCGAGAAGUUUCUCUCCGAGUUUAUUGAAAUUUACCAAGCCUGUCCGUGUUUGUGGAAGUAUAGCUGCAGGGAUUACCGUAACCGCUUUGUCAAGGAUCGCGCUUACGCGACUCUCGUCGACAAGAUGCGGGAGGUCGAUCCACGGGCGGACAAGAACAGCGUCAUAAGGAAGAUAAAUGCCCUGAGGACGGCCUUCCGUAGGGAGUACAAGAAAAUGCGCAAGUCGAAGGUCGGCGUGUGCAAUGGACAGACCAGGAAGAGGUAUACUACGUCGUUAUGGUACUACGAUCUUUUGAAGUUCGUCGUGGAGCAGCAGGACACUAGUGAUUUAUCGUCGGGUUCGGCGAUCGGGGAUUGGCUUGAUGAAAAUGGAUGCGAAGCCCCUUAUGUAUUGGUCGACGAGGAUGAAAAAAUACACGAUGACGCUUCUCAAAGUUUGAUGGCCUUCCUGGAGGAUACGGUACAUUUACUAGGAGUAUUUAGGCAUUUGUAUUAUUAUGGUCAUAUGGGCAGGUGA